AAGACGAGAGCUGUUAUGGAGCUUGAUGAUGAUAUCAUGAUGGCAUGUGACGACUUAGAACAUAUCAUAGAUCUUAUCUUAAUUGGCUCACGGCCUAUGCUAAAACAUAUCUCCCUAAUUCCGAAAGUAGACUGCCUAGCAUGGAGAUUGGAGAUCUCAUCCCAUGAUUGGGAAGUGCCAUGGUGGGGCCAUGUACUUCUGUGCAUACGUCUUGUACUAAUUCUUGAUCUGACUUAUUAUUCUGUUGGCAAGUUUGUUCCUCAAACAUAGGGAUGUUCAAAUAGCUUGAGCUCGACAAGCUACUCGAGCUUGUCUCAGUUUCGGCAUGAUUCAAGUGUUUGCACAUACACUUCAAGAGAUGGAGCGUGGCCUACACAAGCUCAUGCACUAUAACGAGCUGAUCCGAAGAGCUCGUUCGCUUGAUUUCGCAAUGUUUGCACAUGCCACUUCAUACUCCCCUUGGCCAUAUCCAAACCUGCAACUGUGCCACAACCCACAAGUCUAAACUCUGUAAUAAGUUAACUGCAGUUCUUUAAAAAAAAGUUAACUGCAGUUCUUUAAAAAAAAGUUAACUGCAGUUCCUUAGUUUCAUGAUUUCUAGAACUACCCACAUCGAUUUAAUUGUAGAUGCUUUUGUAGUAAUUGCUAUUUUUUUUGUUUGUACUUGAUACAGUGAAGAGACCAAAAUUAAGAUAUCAUUGGGAGUGAGGCGUGGGUGGAGCUUGCGUCUACAGAAGCUAAUGGUUCAGGAUGGCUGCUUUGUGCAGUGGCGGGAAAUGAUAGCAAAUGCAGCUAGGAAGGGCUUUGCUGGUGGAGUUGCCUUCCAAUGGAAUUCACAUAAAAUGUUGACUGAGCAACUGCGGCAGGAAUGGUUGGAGAAAGUCCAGCAAAGAAGAUCAAUGCCUAGGCCGACAGGUAAUAGAAGAGCGCCAAAAACCCCAGAGCAGAGGAGAAAAAUUGCAGAAGCCAUUGCUGCGAAGUGGUUGGAUCGAGAAUACCGUGAACGUGUUUGCAGUGCAAUUAAUAGCUAUCAUGGAACAUCUUCUGGAUCUAAAGUACCGCGUAAACAAAGAACUCCGAGAGAACCAGGUGCAAAGCGUGAAAAAAAGAAAUCUAUUCAACACAGAGCUGUCAGCUUGGACGAUGCACAUGCAAAAACUGCUCCAGUUAAGAGAAAGAAAAGUGCAACUCCUUACAAAGAUCCUAUGGCAGGUGAGAAACUAGAGAUGAUAACGAAGAUUAGAGCCCAAAGGACAGCACUGGAAAUAGAGAAGAAAGAGGCUAUUGAAAGAGCCAGGUAUGUUGUCUUAUUUGCAAUUAGAAAAGGGUAAACUGCAUGAGGCACA